CCCCAAAUCUUGCUGAUGAAAGAGUCUAAUAAAUGUGCGCCUUUGUUUUCAGAGCCUAAACAAAGUUUGGCGCGGACAGCUGGACACAUGGAUUUAAGUCAUCUUCCUCUUGUGGGCCAGUCAUUUUCAGUUCCUCGAGAUGUUUUCGAAGAGGCUCUGGCAUCUCAAAUUUCCACUUCAAUAUCGACGUCUUCUGCGCCUGAAAUCACGCGUUCGUUUCUGGAUAAUCCAGAUGCUGCUGCCACUUGUGACAUGUAUCAUUGUAUUCCACGGCGUCGUCGAUCGUCCGGUGAAUCCUCCAUCAGCGAGCUCAGUGAAUGUGAAGCUAAGCGUCCUCGCCUAUCAGCAGCUAACUCCGUCUCCGCGCAAAUAUACGCUCAGGAAAUUGAAAGCCAAAAUCAUAAACGCGAAAUUAUGAAGCAAUUGGUUUUUGAAAGAAUUGAUCGCACGAAAGAGAACAUAGCGUGGAUGCUGAAAAUGCAGCGUAUGCGGGAACUCCUCCAAUACUAUGAGAUGUCUGAGAAUGGUUCAACCCUCAGUCAUAAAAGCAACAGUCAAGGAAAUGAACUUCACCAUCGCUCUCCUUCGACGCUAACUAAUGGAGAACACCAUAAAAUUGCUAUUUCAGCCCGUGAAGAGAAUUACCCCAGAUCAGUCACACUGAAAAGAAUUUGCCAUGCUUCAGAUACAAUCCAAAGAGCCACCAGCCAUGGAAACCGUCUAAAGCAUUUGCCACCGUCUGCACAGAGAAUGCGCCGGGUACCUGGCAUCAACGUGGUAUUGGAUCCGACCCUGCAAGGCGAAAAAAACGUUGGUUACUUUUGCAAGUCUUACGAUGGACUUGCAUGGGACCACCAAGCCCUUCCUAGAAUUGUUGCUGUCCAUUCUGUGACAAAACACACAUCGGUAAACGCUAGGAAUAUCGAACGUGCCCCUCCUUCCAAACCAGCUGCUGCUACGCAGAUCCCAUCAACGUCCAACACUGUUGGAAUGUCAGAUUAUUCAGCAAAGUCUCAGGAAACCCACAUGCAUCCCCUAGUCACGAGCCUGAAGUGUGACACCAGAAGAGGAACUUCUGUUUCUUCUGACUCACAAGAUGACGAUGAAGUUGAAGUCAAAGUUGUAAGAGUUUGUCCUCGGGAGACUCACCGUUCAAGAAGCGUACAAAAGAGAUGCCGGGAAACAAGCAUUACAAAUCGCACUGAAUAUGCAUAUAGAGGAAUGGAGCGUCCAUUAAAAGGAGGAUGUGUAAAUGGUCCGUUCAUUGCAAAGCCUACUGUCGCUGCAGGCUACGGUAACCACUCAGGACAUUCUUAUGGAUGCAAUAGCCGGAUAGAAAGAAUAAGUGCUGAUUCAGAGAUUUACCUAAGUGGUCCUCCCUCGUACCUACCAGUUCUUGACAAUUCAGAGAUAGACAAACUGAAGAAACAGAAAGCACCGCCACCCGUGUCGCCAGGGGAACGUCGAAACCGCAGUCCCGAUUCACCAAAGCUUACAAAAACUAUACCAGAGAUCAGUGCAAAAAUCAUCGAGACUCGAGAGAGGAUUAAAACUGAAACCAUCAAGUGGAAGAAGAUGUUACUGUAUAAAGUGGAGAAGCGAUUGAUUCGGAAGUUAAGACGGGUUGAGAAAGAAACGGGAGAGAAGACGGAGGUGGAGGAGUUGCGAGAGGAGGAGGCUCCAGCGCCAGUUCCAAAGAAGGAGAGGAGGCGAAAGGGCCAAAGCUUGCAAAAACGAAGCACCACUAUGGAUAGCGUGACAGAUAGCGUGACGGAUGAGGAUGAGGCCAAAAAAUCCCCUGGGAGUGACGCUUUAGGACAUUUUUCUGAAGCAAAAGAAAGAAAAGAGUCGGUUGAUGUGCGAGUGGAAGCUGCACGAGACCAAGAACACGAGCAAGAGGGCAUUUUUCCAUCGACUGAAAGUAAAAAAGAAGAAAAAGCCGCAAUGGCCAGCUACUACCAUAAUGCUGAAGACCCCAGUAAGAAAAACGGAGACUGCGUGACAAACGAACCAUGUCAAGAAACAAAUCCCUCUAUCAACCUAGAGAGAUUGUGUACAAAGAAAGGCUUGAAUAUUGGAGGCGCUGAACACGUCCAAACUUGCACAGCGGAAAGGAACACGGACUCUCGAUUAUCAGAAUUCAGACAUGAUAAACAGAAGUCGCCACAAGAUUUCCAAACUGAAAAGUAUUGCGUGACAAAGAAUUUGAACUCAUUACACAGUGGACUUCAAAAUUGUACAAAAGAAGUACGUAAAACGAAAGCAGCGGCUGUAAGUUGCGAGAGAAAUAUAUGGGCAGUACUUAGAGGGGACGGAAAUUUCUGAUAUUAUAUUGUAAUUGAACGCUUUCGAGAACUUUUUCAAAUAAUUUCGUGCAGAAGGAACAGGAUUACGUUAGGUUAUGGUGCAAAUUUUUGACUGAAAAUAAGACAUACAAAGGAGACGAUGAUAUCAACAUAUAUUUAUUUCAAUCAUAAAAUUUUUAAUUUCCCUGAUUGUGAUCGGUUUAAAAAUUCUCAUUUCCGGCACCAAUUCACUUGCCAAGUUGUUAUCGGGCAGUUUAUCAUCGAACAGUUUAGUAAGCCAAUAACAUUCAAAGUUGUAGUUUAAAUCAACCAAUCGCAUUUAAAGUCGUAGCUUAUAUCAACCAAUCACAACACUAAACAAUUUAAGUCUCCUUUGUCAGUCUUUUGAUACAAAUUGUAAAAAAAUGAGGGAAAAAAUGAGAGAGGUUUGCAAGUGAUCGGUCGAGACCCUAGCGGCUGAAAAAUGAUGCCCAAUUUAUUGAGAUUGAUCCAUCGACAUUGUUCGUCUUAAAUCCUACAGGUUUUUCUACGAAUGUGAGUUUUACAACUUCAAAUAUUUAUGAUCAAUAAAUCAUGUUUAAUUUCAACUUUCGCAUCGCCAUCGCUGUGACAACCUUGAACUCGGGUGUAUUUUAAGUUUGGUUUGAGACAUAGGUAUCAAACUGUAGAAAUCAUCAAGUUAAAACUGUUGAGCCCGCAUUCUUUAUUGUUGUGACAACUGAAAUUUUUCGAAAUACAAUCGAUGUGCUGUACAACCCCCCUGGCAAGCAGGAGCAAAAUUGCGGUUUGUCAUACUAUUCCUUAAUU